CCCGCCAAUUGACAAUCAGUUUACAGCCAACACCUCAAGUGAGAACCAGAACUUGUUUUCUAAGCAAAACUUGUAUUUAACAAUAAAAAAAUAAAAUAAUUCAAAAAUCAAAAAUCAACAAAAAUGAAAUUCUUCACAGUUGCUAUUGUACUUGCCUUCGUUGCCGCCGCUGCUGCACAGGAGCUUAUCAAAUUGACCGACGAGCAAAAGCAAAAGGUUCACGCUUUGGGUGCUGAGUGUAUCAAGGAGACUGGCGCCGCAGAGGAAGCUGUGCGCGCUGCUGGCAAAGGUGAUUACAGCCAAGUCGAUGGUAAGGUGAAGUGUUUCGCCAAGUGUCUGCAAGGAAAAUUGGGCUAUGUCGAAGAUGGCAAACUCAAUGAGGCAGCCAUCCAGGCUUCGCUGGGCAAAAUUGUUGGCGAUGAACAGAUUAAGGCCAUCCAAGCUAAGUGCAACGGUGUUAAAGGCGCAGAUGACUGUGACACCGCCUUUGAAUUGCACAAAUGCUAUUUAGCUGAAAAUGCUAAUAUUCAAAUUUAAAUGUGAAAGGUUUCUCUCUGUGAUUAUAUUUGAAAAUAUUUGUAAAAAAUAAUCAUUUUGAUUUUUUAAAAUAUAAUAAAUUCAAUAUCUAUUCGAUUUUGAAAGUUAAA